GCCUGUGAGCGGUAAAAGUGACGCCAUCUUCCUGGUGAUUCUUUCGUGUCUCGGCGAAGAGCAAAGUGUGUCCGUCGAAUUUGUGGCCGGUUGUUUUAUAAUUAAUUGAUCGAAAAUUGAUAUAAAAAUACCAAAUCCUUCACCAUUUGGUUCAUGUGCGUGUGCGUGCGUGUGAAUGACGAUAUAUUACCUGUUUUAUUCGGUACCGAAAUUCCGUACGAGCGUGAGUGUUUGUUGAGCGUGUGAAAAGUGUGGAAGAAAAGCUAAAGUAGCGAGCGCGUGUUUGGUGGUAGAAAGUUUGGAAGUUUAACACACAUCGUUUGGUGCUACUUACUUGAAAGUGAAAAUGUCGCAGAGAACGAAGCGUUCCGGUGCCUCGACGCCGGUCCCGGUGACGGCUAGCACCCCGGUACAGCAGAGCGGAAGCGCUGCGAUGGGUGCGUCAGCGACGCAGCAUCACAGCGGCUCUCGCCCGUCAAGCCCGCUCAGCCCUACGCGCCAAUCCCGCCUGCAGGAAAAGCACACCCUGCAAUAUCUCAAUGACCGGCUGGCCGCAUACAUGGAUCGGAUGCGUAUGCUCGAGCAGGAAAAUUCCCGCCUCACAAUGGAGGUGCGCACUUCGCAGGACACAUCCACCCGCGAAGUUUCCAACAUCAAAUCGAUGUACGAACACGAAUUGUCGGAUGCCCGCAAGCUGCUCGAUGAAACGUCGCGCGAGAAGGCCAGGAUGGAGAUCGACGGCAAGCGGAUCCUCGAAGAGAAUGACGAAUUGAAAAAGCGCUUGGAUCGAAAAACGAAGGAAGCCGCCGACGCCGAACGUAACUUACGUGCACAGGAAGCGCGCGCUAACGAACUGUCCGGCAAGUACCACACACUCGUCACGGAGCAUAAGAAGGCAAAGGAUGACCAGAAGGAGCUGGAAAAGGAACUGGCUAAGCUGAGAAAGCAGCUCGAAGUGUUGCGCAAGAACCUUGAGGAUGAAACGCUGACACGCGUCGAGCUGGAGAACACCGUCCAAACACUGCGCGAAGAGUUGACCUUCAAAGAUCAAGUGCACUUGCAGGAAAUAUCCGAGACGAAGACCCGCCGCCAGGUGGAGAUCAGCGAAAUCGAUGGUGUGCUGUCGGAGCAGUAUGAGGCGAAGCUGCAACAGGCGCUGCAGGAUCUGCGCAAUCAGUACGACAUGCAGCUACGCAUGAACCGUGAGGAGAUUUCCGAUCUUUAUGAGGCUCGUUUGCGCGAUUUGGAACAACAGAUGAACCAGGAGCGAUUGCGCCACGCCGACGAAAAGGCCAAGAUGAUGGAGGAGGUCGAGCGCCUGCGGAAGGAAAUGUCAAUGCAGCUCCAGGAGUAUCAGGAUCUUAUGGAUAUUAAGAUCACGCUUGACAUGGAAAUCGCUGCAUACGACAAACUGCUCAGCUCGGAGGAGGACCGUCUUAAGAUCACCCCGAGCAGCAAUGCUUCCUUCUUCUCGCAGUCAGGUCUGUCGGCUAGCAUGUCCCGGGCCGGUAUGCUUCGCCGCACUCCGAAUCGUGCGGCCGCCAAGCGCAAGCGUACAGUGUUGGAAGAGUCGGAUGAACGCAGUGUGUCGGAUUACUCCGUCACGUCGUCCGCCAAAGGAGACAUGGAGAUUGUCGAGGUUGAUCCGGAGGGAAAAUUUGUGAAGCUGCGCAACAAAUCCUCCAAGGAAGUUCAAGUCGGUGGAUGGUCCCUCGUUCGGAAGGUUGGCAGCAAUGAGACCGUCUUUAAAUUCCACCGCUCACUGAAGGUGGACGGUGGUGCCUUUGUGACCGUUUGGUCGUCCGAUUUGGGCAAGGAUCAUGAGCCUCCAUCCACGAUCGUAAUGAAGGGCCAGAAGUGGUUCGCCGGAGACAACAUGACUACCCAUCUGAUGAAUGCCGAUGGCGAGGAGGUGGCUGCUUCGGAGCGUGUAAAGCGAAUCAUAUCGACUGCUGCCUCGCGUCACCGUGAAUACCUCGGAGGUUAUGGAGAGGAACUUCACCAUCAACAGGGUGAACCCCGAGGCGAUGAAAAGUGUCGCAUCAUGUAAUAGUGCCGUGUAAUAUCAGCCGAACAAGUAACAUUGCGUUUAAUAUAUAAUUUUAUCUCUAUAAACAUUACAUUUGAUCCUGAUACCAUCCUGCUGAUGGUAGGAAACGAUCUAUGCUGUAAGCGAAUAAUUUAAAUAUCGCCAUCUGCGGUGUAGGCACGGAGAAGGGAAAUAAUUCCUUCGUGAAUUAGAUUUGACACAAACACACAACAACAACAGAAAAAAACUAUAUAGAUAGGUAUUCGUUUUGUUUACGUCCUCAGCACAGAAGCCAGCGUAAGGGCAUAGAAAAGUUAACUUACCGUAUGUGUUUAUUAUUUUUUUUUCUUUUAUUUUUAUAUUUUUGAAUCGAAAUUUUUCACAAAACUCAAAAACAGACACACAUUCGCGAUUCUUGUAGACAACGCGCGUGUUAAGAUAUAUUGUACUAUAACAUUUAGUAAAUAUCCACAACAACGACAGGCGGCAACACUGCGCGGCUACGGGAAAUCAGAUGUAAAAUAUUAACAACACGGAACAUACUUAUUCUGCGUGUGCAAAUUAUAUCAUGUCAUCUUAAUUUUUUUUACAACUAUUUUCGUUUUGAUAAUAACACAAAUAUUAAUAACAUUAACUGAUUAUCUAUGGUGUUAAUGAUUAAUGUUGGUUGCGCAACGAUCAAACAACAAACAGCAAGAGAUGAAAAAUGUCGAGCAAAAAAUACAAAAAAAAACUGAAAAGCAAAGCACACACAGUAAAUGAGAGGCCUUUUGGUUGCAAAAAUCUUAAUAACAAAAACUCACUAACCUAGAAACAUUUAGUGGAAAACGAAUGAUGAUGUAAUGUGGUGUGUACUAUAAGCAUUGUAAGGGAAACGGAGCGACGAGCGAAAUCCAUUUUUGUUGUACAUGUUAUAGGUUCUGUAACUGUCCUUGAGCAACGAUUUUUUUUUUCAUUUAUAUCUAAACACUCACAAUUAACUGUGGUUUUUAGCUAAGUCGUUUCGUCUGCACAUGUAUCGAUGUCAAUUUUCACCAUCCGUUAGACUAGCCGUGAGUAACAUCAUAUAAUUUUGAGUUAAAUUUUUUUCCUCGAAUCAAGGCAGGGCCAUAUUGUAUUAAAUGUUUAAUUUGAUUUGGUUGCGUUCUUUAUGUUUUGUGUUGCUUGUACUGCCUUAGAUUUUGCCAUUUUUUCAUUUUAGACGCGAAAGUAACCAAAUGCGUAGUGGAAGGGUAUGAAAGAGUUUGAAAAGAAUUUCGCAACCGCAUAAAUCAAUCAAUCCUGUAUUUUUGCUUAAUUUAUCCUGAGCAGAUUCGAGGAACGUAUGAGUGCUAUUACGGCAGGGCAUCUUCCAGCAUAACUGAAGUACAUUAUACAAGCGCCGAAAAGCGAAAAAGAAUAUGAACUCGAUCGCAUCUCAAGUGUGUGGAGCGAGGAUUUAUAAUAAAUGCAUUCAGAUCGUUCGUGGUGUCUGAAGUUUGGUAAGAGUAA